AUGUCCCUGGUUCAGCUGUAUAUCCCUGCCGAGAUCGGCAGGACAGCUAUUUAUUCUCUGGGCAAGCUCGGCCUUGUUGAGUUCCGCGAUCUCAACAGAAAGGUGAACGCGUUCCAGCGCUCGUUUGUCAACGAAAUCAGGCGUCUGGACAACGUGGAAAGACAGUAUCGCUACUUCCAGUCGGAAAUGGAUAACAGGGGAAUAAAGCUUAUUGAGUACGAUUCGACUCCCGAGACGCUCACCACGAGCCAGCUGGACGAGAUUGUGGAAGACGGGCAGCUUCUGGAAGACCGCAUCAGCCAGCUGAGCAACGCCUCUGAAGACCUUCUCAAACAACAGGUGGACCUGAAACAGUACCAGCAAGUGUUGGCAGCCACCGACAGGUAUUUCCAGCAUGUCGAGACCGCCGACCUGAUCGAUCUGGGCGAGCCUGAGUUUUUGGAGAACGGGGGAGUUCGCGACGCCAACUUCAUCACAGGGGUGAUUCCCAGAGCCAAGGUCGAAGUCCUGGAGAGAAUACUGUGGCGUGUUCUCCGUGGCAAUCUUUUCAUCACUUCGGCCGAAAUAGGCCAAAGACUGUACGACAUCAAAACGAAAAGCUACGUCGACAAAAACAGUUUCAUUAUUUUUGCGCACGGUGAGCUCAUUCUGUCUCGCGUGCGCAAGAUCUGCGAGUCUCUGGAUGCAGACCUGUAUUUUGUGGACCAGGAGGCCAAAAGAAGAGCCCAGCAAAUGCGCGAGGUCAACGAGAAGCUUGCGGACGUGACGAACGUGCUGGAGUCGACAGAACUCACGCUCGAGACCGAACUGAGCGCUGUUGCUUCCGAGCUCGAUCUCUGGUGGAAAGCCGUGAAGCUGGAGAAAUCCGUGUACUCCGUGAUGAACCUGUGCCACUACGACCAGGCCAGACGGUGUCUUAUCGGAGAAGGAUGGGUGCCUAGCGACGAUUUCGACAAAGUGAAGAGCGUGCUGGAGGAAAUCACCACCAAGUACUCUGACAGUCCCGAGGAGUCGUUCCCUAUUGUCGUCAACACCGUUGAGACAACAAGGACGCCGCCAACCUACCAUAAAGUCAACAAGUUCACUGCAGCGUACCAGGCGAUGUGCGAUGCGUACGGUGUUGCUACAUAUAGAGAGGUGAACCCUGGUCUGCCGACCGUGGCGACGUUCCCGUUCAUGUUUGCUAUCAUGUUUGGUGACCUGGGACACGGGUUCAUCAUGUUUCUGGCUGCUCUGACGCUCGUUCUCAACGAGAGAAAAAUCGCCAAGAUGAAGAGAGACGAGAUCUUCGACAUGGCGUAUUCCGGAAGAUACAUUCUGCUCAUGAUGGGCUUUUUCUCGAUGUACACCGGAUUCCUGUACAACGAUGUGUUUUCGCUCUCGACAACGUUCUUCAAAUCCGGCUGGAAGUGGCCAGAGUCCUGGAAAGAAGGAGAAACCAUAGUCGGAACACAGACGGGCGUGUAUCCAUUCGGUCUUGACCCAGCAUGGCAUGGAACAGAGAACAACCUGCUCUUCACCAACUCGUACAAGAUGAAACUGUCCAUUCUCAUGGGAUUCAUCCACAUGACCUACUCCUACGCAUUCUCCCUCGUGAACUAUGUCUACUUCAAGUCCAAAAUAGACAUCAUCGGCAACUUCGUUCCUGGGCUCUUGUUCAUGCAGGGAAUCUUUGGCUAUCUGUCGCUGUGCAUUGUCUACAAGUGGUGUGUCGACUGGAUUAAGAUCAACAAGCCGGCUCCAAGCUUGCUGAACAUGCUGAUCAACAUGUUCUUGGCCCCAGGAAAAAUCGACGACGAGCUGUACCCUGGCCAGUCGACUGUCCAGGUCGCUCUUUUGCUGAUUGCGCUAGUUUCCGUGCCAUGUCUGCUGCUCAUCAAGCCGUUGCACUUCAAAUUCUCAAGCUCGCACCACUACGAGAGCCUGCCUUCGGAGUCGUCAAGCAACAACCUCCUGACCAACCUGAAUCUUGACGACGAGGAAGAGCACGAGGAACACACAUUUGGCGACGUGAUGAUCCACCAGGUGAUUCACACCAUCGAGUUCUGCCUCAAUUGCGUCUCCCACACGGCGUCGUACCUCCGUCUGUGGGCCCUUUCGCUUGCACACGCACAGCUGUCGUCCGUGCUAUGGUCCAUGACGAUCGCCAACAGCUUUUCAGCUACAGGACUGUUGGGAUCGGUGUUUGUGUUCCUCAUGUUUGGCAUGUGGUUUGUGCUCACGGUGGCCAUUCUGGUGGUCAUGGAAGGCACGUCUGCCAUGCUGCACGCGCUCAGACUGCACUGGGUCGAGUCGAUGUCCAAGUAUUUCGAGGGCGAGGGAAUUGCAUACCAACCUUUCUCGUUCAAGGUGGUGCUGGAUAUCUAG